AUGAACACCGAUAGAUGUAAUUAGGUAAGAGCGUUCUCGUUUGAUUGUAAAUUAAUGGAGGUUAUAUAAAAAACGGGUAAUUAUAAUUUUAUAGAGUUUAUACCUUGAACCCGCCUAUCAAAUGUACUCUUUGCACGAUAUUGAUAUUACUAGUUGUGAUUCAGUUUUUGUAUAAUUUAUACUAUUAUUCAGGUAUUUUAGGUAAGUUUAACUGUUAUUAAAGGCUGUAUGUUGUACAUAAUAUUCUCGAAUUCGAAUACUAUCUCCUUGUAUAUCAAUUGAAAUUGAUUGAUUAAUGAGUCAAUAAGAUAGUGUAAUGUUUCUAGAGAUACUCGAACGCUCCAAGAGGAUAAGAAUUGAUAUUUAAUCCUAAUAACGAACGACUGGAAUUGUUUAUGUUUUGCGAUUUGCUCGCAUCAUUCUUCUUCCUUCUCGUGCCGAUUGAUUUAAAUGCUUUAAUAAAAUUCGACUCGAAUAAAGGUUAUCAACAAUUAACAACAAACUUAUCGCAAUUGCUCACGAAACGGCUCGAAGCAGUUCCUAUUUCGUGUUAUGAUUCAUUGAUGAUCGCAUUUCGCUAGCGUUUAAUUAAAUUUUUAUUCUAUUUUUUUGUAUACGAAAUGGUGCAAUUAACAUUAUGGAAUUUAUGGAGAUUAGCUGCUAUGGAUAGUUUGCAUGUGAGCGCCCAACAAACAGGCAGCAAAACGUCCAGCAGGAGCGCAUCACCCUGUAGACCUAAAGAAUUUUCGCAACAACAUCAACAACAACAACAACAACAACAGCAGCAGCAACAACAUCAAGGCUAUCAUCCACAUCAUACAAAGACUCUCAGUCACGGAUCGGUCGACAGUACGAGGAGCCAAGAUGGUGGCGGUGGGGGCGGCGCGCCGCCCCAAAGACCCUCUCGUCAACACCGCUCGCCCACCACCAGCUCCAACAGGACCGCCCCGGCCGCCUCUUUGCCCCCAAACGAACCCGACGACUCUCUAAAUCAAAUCUAUUUGCUGGACGACAGCGGCGGCGCGGCGGCCGCCUUCCUGCAGGACUACGACCCCGUCGACUAUCCGGCCUCGUACAUGUCGAACGGCAGCCACGAAUCGAAGCAGGACGACGACGCCGAUUGCCUGGAUCCGAAGACGAACGCCAUUUUGGAGCAUCUCGGUGGCAAGAUCGAUCGCGUCAAGGAUCUCAUCAAGACCGAACAGAAGAUGCGAGACGAUAACGUGAACGAGUACCUAAAGUUGGCGGCGAGCGCCGACAAGCAGCAAUUGCAAAGGAUCAAGGCGGUGUUCGAGAAGAAGAACCAGAAGAGCGCCCAGAUCAUAUCGCAGUUGCAGAAGAAAUUGGACGUCUACCAGAAGCGCGUGCACGAAUUGGGCACGCACGGCGCCGCCCAAGGUCACAGGCCGCCCAGGGAGGUGCUCAGAGACAUGGGACAGGGUCUGAAGAACGUCGGUGGAAAUAUAAGGGAUGGUAUCAGUUACGUUGGGGGUUCUGUGAUGUCGAAGCCGCGGGAAUUCGCCCAUUUGAUCAAGAACAAAUUCGGUAGUGCCGAUAAUAUUAGCCAAUUGUCGACGUGGUACGUAGGGCCGGGCCAGGACCAAGGAGGCGGCGGCGGCGGCGGCGGCGGCGUCUCGACGUCCUCCAAAACGGGCGACGCGAGCACGACGCGCGCCCCGACGGGCAGCGAGGGCAGCGCCGCCCCCACCAACGGCGGCAGCGAUCACGGCGACAAGGCGCACCAUCACCACCACCACCAACAUCACCAGCAGCAGCAGCAGCAGCAGCACCAUCACCGGGGAUCGGCCACGUUGCCGGCCACUUUGCACGCCACCGUGUCGCAGGGUUCGAUCGCCAAGGGGGCGAGCGCCGGCCACCAUCAACAGCAACACGCCGCCCCCGGGGGGAAGUUCGCCUGCGACGAGGGCAGCGAGUGCAGCAGCGCCACCAGCGAUAGCAUAGGAAGAUACGGACAUGACAAGUACGAUGUAAAUAAGAAAAUUAGGUUAGUUCAGGAUCAAUUAGACAAUUUUAGGGUGAACUUCGACAUUAUUAAGUCCAUGCAACAGGAGAUGCACGACCUCAGCUCCUCCUUACAGGAGGAGAGAUUUCGCAGCGAAAGACUGGAAGAGCAAAUCAACGAUUUGACGGAGCUCCAUCAAAACGAAGUGGAAAAUCUGAAGCAGGCCAUGGCCGACAUGGAAGAGAAAGUCCAAUACCAAAGCGAAGAGCGCCUGAGAGAUAUACACGAGAUGCUCGAACAUUGUCAAACUAAAAUUCAAAAAAUGGAACACCAAGCUCUCCAGCAACAGCAAUACGUCACGUUAGAGGGCCUCGACAAUUCGAACGCGAGAGCCCUGGUGGUGAAACUCAUCAACGUGCUGCUCACCGUACUGCAGGUGGUACUCCUGCUGGUUGCCACCGGCGCCGGUAUCAUCAUGCCCUUCCUUCGUACGAGAUUAAGGAUCCUUUCGACGGUUGUGAUAGCUGUAGGUGUGGCUUUCGUGCUGCGUCAGUGGCCGGAAGUGAGCGAUAUAGGUUCGACUGUGAUGCGCAGGCUCAAAGACAUGCUGGAUCCGGCACCGUAGGUUUCCAGGGCGCGCUGGAUUUAGUUUUUUUCUUUCAGUGUGUCUCGAAUGGUGUACGGUUUUGGAUAAAAAGUGAAGAUUGUUUUUGGUAGGGUUUCGAAUAUUUAGUGAAUGUUUAUACGCAAAAGGUAACGUUGAAUUUGCUGUGGGUUUAACGAUUAAGGGGUCGGGUUUUUUUUUUUUUUUAGAAGAAUUGUUAUAACGUGUAGUAGGAAAUUUACUUAUUAUGCAAUAGAGGAAGUGCCGUAAUGGUUUCUGAUUAGGAAUUGUAUUGUUUUAUGCUUUAUGUUCAUUUUAUUUGCUGUGUUUUAGUAAUUUAUUUGUGCCACUCUCUAUUUUACCCGUCGUGUGCGAAUUAUGGUACUUCUUGUACAAUUUUUUUUAAUAGUUGCGUAAUACUUUACGAAUAUUCAUUAAAAAAUUUUUAGCACAUUAAACUUCGCUUGAUGUGGCUGAUGUUCGACGCAAAAUUGCCAAUUUGUUAUUGUAAAAAUUUUCAUAUUUAACUUGUAAAUAAGACUGAUAUCUCUUGGGAUUUCGAUUUUAAACAAAUUCGUUCGAGUUGUUCCGAAAGCUAAUUUUUUUUAAUGGAUAUUAAAAAGACGGAGAAUUUUGUGAUGUUUAUAUCGUUUUAAGAUUAUUUUAUUCGUCAUGUUAAGCUCAUUUGUAUGUUUUCUUUGCGUUUUAUUACCACAUUUUCGAAAAAAACACAAAAACAUGAGAAUUUUCAUCCGCCAAGAUAAUUCGAAAAUCGUUUACUUUUGUACCAAUAUAUUUUAUUAGAUCAAUUAAAUUGAUAUUUAUUACUGAUAA